AUGUCGUAAACAAUUAGAAAUUCAGAUGAAUGCUAACUUACUUUUGAACUUGUUGAAAAUGUAUACUAAAUUUUAAAUUAAGAUAAUUAACUAUUAUUAAAAAAUCAAUCCUUAAGAUGACAAGAAAGAAAUCAAUAGCCAAUUUUAUAAAGUUGAAGAAGCCACUGUUUGUUUCAAAAUAAUUUGUCAUUAUAUGGAUUAAUUGUCUAUUGAACAUGAAGAAUUAUUAAAUUAAUAUUAAAAUUUAGAAUAACAAUUAAUUUAAAAAGAAGCUGAAACAAGAAGACAUAUUUAAAUUGAAUAAUAAUUAAAACUGUAUGCUGAAAGUUUAUUAGAGAAUACUGAAGAAUUUUAAAAAUAGAUAGAUACUUUAAAUUCUUAAAUUAUAGUACAUAUAUUAAAUAUAAGUCUAUUUCUAAAGAAAAUAUUAGUUUAAAAUAAUAAAUAAGAGCAAAUAAAAAUGAGAGAGUAUUAACAGAUACUAGUUAAGAGAGACUUAUUACUUUAAUUUCUUAAUAGAAAUCAUUAAUUAAUGAGAUUCCAUUUAAAAAUUCUAAAAAAAGAUCUUUAGAAUCAUAAAAGUAAUUAUUUAUUAUUAAUCUUAUAGAUUUAGAAUUUCAUAAACUCAAAAUAAUGAUAGAAUGUAAAUGAUUUGUAAUAUCUAUUAAAAAAAACCAUCUCUACAAAUUAAAUAAAGAUCAAACACUAUACAUGUAACUGAUUUUCCAAACAAAUUUUUAAAAUUAUAGAAAUAAAGAACUAACAAUUGA